CACCGCACUCCCAAUUCUCAGCCUCAAAUCAUUUCCCAUACCGCCGCAAUGACCAAGCUCUCCACCACUCCUCCUCCUCCGUCGCCGCCGCCGAUCGUCAUCAGGGAAGUCUGGGCCUCCAACCUGGAAUCCGAAUUCGACCUCAUCCGCGCCGCAAUCGACGAGUUCCCUUUCAUCUCCAUGGACACCGAGUUCCCGGGCGUCGUCUUCAAGCCGUUCAACAACAACCACUCCUCCUACCGCCACCGAAACCCCUCCGACCACUACAAGCUCCUGAAAUCCAACGUGGACGCGCUCAAUCUCAUCCAGGUCGGCCUCACCCUCUCCGACUCCGACGGCAACCUGCCGGAUCUGGGCACCGGAGCGGCGCAGAGGUUCAUCUGGGAGUUCAAUUUCAGGGACUUCGACGUGGAUCGCGACUCCCACGCGCCGGACUCCAUCGAGCUGCUGAGGCGGCAGGGGAUCGAUUUCGCGAGGAACAGGGCCGAAGGAGUUGACUCGGGUCGGUUCGCCGAGCUGAUGAUGGCGUCCGGUUUGGUCUGUAAUGAGUCGGUCAGCUGGGUGACGUUCCACAGCGCGUACGAUUUCGGGUACCUGGUCAAGAUCCUGACCCGGAGGUCGCUGCCCGGCGGGCUGGAGGAGUUCUUGGGCCUUUUGCGGGUGUUUUUUGGGCGGCGGGUUUAUGACGUGAAGCAUAUGAUGAGGUUCUGUGAUAGCUUGUAUGGUGGGCUGGACCGGGUGGCGCGGACGCUGGAGGUGGGCCGGGCCGUGGGGAAGUGUCACCAGGCCGGGUCGGAUAGCUUGCUGACUUGGCACGCGUUUCAGAAGAUGAGGGAUGUGUUCUUUGUUAAGGAUGGGCCGGAAAAGCAUGCGGGGGUGUUGUAUGGGCUAGAGGCCUUUUGAUAAAUAUAUAUACACACAGUUUAAUUGAUUGAUUAAUUCCGACUUGAAUUGAAUUGAUUCAUUUGAUAUGCUUUUGAAAAGAUCAGAUCAUUUGUUUUGUGGUGAAAAAACUUGGCCCCCUGUCAAAUUUAAAUAGGCUUUAUUAAAAAUAUCUGAAUAACAUGACUCUUACAAAGUUGACAAAUAUUCAUAAGAUUCAAAUAGUAUUAAACGUAUGGGGUCAACAUCCUCCAUUAUGUUGAUAGAGAAGAUACUCUUUUACCACAUUAUCAUACUUACGAACUAACAUGAAUUCAUGCCAAUUCAAUCACCCUCUAACUUGUCUAAAUCAAGAGUCCUUUUCGUACAAGCAAAUAAAUAACAUUGCUGCCCUAAUCACUUGACGGAAACAUACAUUACCUACAAUACACCUAUAUAAAAAAUCUUUCAGCUGCCUUUCAUGGACAAGCUCGACCAAAUUGAUUUUCAGACUUAAAAAAAAAGUCCACCCUAGUGUUGACACACUUUGCCACUCAAAAGUACUUCAUGAACCAUUUAAUUUGCCAAACCAUCUCCUUCUACGACUAUGAAUAUGAUAUUAUGUCAAGAACCAGUUGGUAGUACCAAUAACUCGAGUGCUUGGAGUUUGCAUGGGCACAGGUCCAAACACCAUGUGCUUAACAGAAACAGAUGGGGGUCAUCGGGAUUCAAACAGGAGGCCUCAAGGUCACAGAAGGCUCUGAUAUCAUAUCAAGACCCAGUUGGUCCCAAUAACUCGAAUUGUUGAGAGAGGUUUAAUCGUGGAUCAUAUACCUUUUACUAACAGAUUCUGCAUCAAGAGCUAGCCCAAGUUUCUUGCAGAUCAUUGCUUUCACGACUACUCGAGAUCGUGGGAAAGGCUAGUGUUCGAGAUUGCAGGCGCCACAAGGUCGAUACUCGAGGCGACCAAGCUUCCUGUCCCGAACUGCAUGGUGGUGGAAAUGGUGGAGGCGUUAGAGCUAGAUUGGUCGACGGAAGAGGUAGCAGAGUUGUUAUAAUAUGGUACUUGAAGAUGAACACAAAGGAAAACUGGUGCUACAUAGUUGAAGACUUCGUAGAGAUAUUUACUGGUUCUUCUAACUCGUCUCGUUUGUAGCAGUAACACUACUAGUCUACUACGAUAGUUAUCACUUGAAGUCAGAUUAUCUUCAUGGUGUAUGAGUUUAUAUACACAUUUGUUUUUUUUCCCCCCGGCUUGUUGUAACAUUUUUCUUUUCAUGUUGAAUUAGGGGUUAGGUUAUCAGGAGAAGCUGUUUUUAUAUAUGUCUUCUCAACCUCUGUAAAUUUUCGUGUGCGUGAAUUAGGUAACAUACAUCAUGUUAGGAAAUCACUUAAAGCUACGUUUUCUUUACUUAUUUCGCAUUGUCAUUUUAUCGUUCCGUUCUAACAGUAACAACUAGUACCAAACUAAACUAUAAUUUUUUCAAGAUAGUUUUUUUUUAAAUUUAUCCAAAAUAAGCUCACACGGCAUGACCGAACAACGAAAUUAUAAGACAUAAUAAUAAAGACUGAUAGUUCAUAUGCGACCAGACUCCCAAUAAAAGAGUCUUUUUUAC